GAGUUUGAAAAAACUGAUCGUCUCCGCAUCGGCUACUUCACUUUUGACGGGGUCAGCAAGUGUCAGCCUUCAAAUGUCCGUGCUGUGAUGGAGGCAAAGUCUGCGCUGGAAAAGGAGGGUCAUGAGCUUGUUCCGUUUGAUUUCCCCACGUUAAUGGGACGGGCCUAUCCUUCAGGAGACUAUUUCCUUCGGCUGGUGGUUGCCGAUAGAAGUGUACAGUUGGCGAAAUUAUUGACAGACACAAAGCAGAUAUGUUCUCAGCUUGUAUCGGGUUCAACUCUAUGGACGAGUACUUCGAUCACGUAGGAGAUUACAUGGUGUGGAAGGAGGCCUUUACCCAGCUGUGGAGGGAUCACAAACUGGACGCUGUCAUUUGCCCUGUGUUCCCGUCUCCCCCCGUCCUCAAAGAGAUCAUGCUUCGUGUUUCGUCAAUCUCCACCUACUGUCGACUCUUUAACUCCCUGAACUACCCAGCUGGCGUGAUUCCGGUCACCAAAGUGACCCAGGAGGAUCUGGACAGAGCUGCAGAUCCCGACGUGUUCAGUCCUGACACUGAGAUGGAGAAGCUGCUACUGGAGAGCUCAAGAAAUGCCCAGGGCCUCAGUGUUGGAGUACAGUGUGCAGCCUUGCCCUUCCAGGAAGAAAAGUGCCUUCGGGUCAUGAGAGAACUGGAGAAGGGUCUGGGCAAGAUGUGAUUUGGAAAACCAAGCUUUUGGAUAUUUCCUCAAAAUAUUCUAUGAUCAAAGUUUAGGUUUAUAUGGUCGCUUUAAUUAAAGGACAAGUGGGCUAAGCUUAGCCCAGAUU